CCAGCCGUUUGUUUCUACGCUACCCGAAAUGUAAAUCUGGCUCUCUUUCUCCUCCCACUUCUUGUAAAAAAAAAUCAUGAAAACCUGAAUUCAAUCAAUCCUUAAACAUAGCGAUUAAAAUUGAUUUGAUCCCUCAUUUCUUCCCCAGAUAAAUGUAAUUAAUUAAAAAAAAAAAAAAAAAAAAACUGGAUUAAUUAAUUUGUUUUCUCUUGCCUAUCUUCUCAUCGUUGAUCUCCGUCGGAGGAGGGACCUCAAAAUUAGGGCAAUGCACAUCGUUCGUUAAUUGGUUUAUCAAAAUAUGAUUCUGUAUAUGUGGCGUUAAAGGGGGGUGUGGGGGCGAUUUUCAAGAUGGCCUUUUACACAGAGGAGGAUCGAACCGAAGACUAUCUUUUCAAGAUUGUUUUAAUCGGUGACUCGGCUGUUGGUAAAUCGAAUCUACUUUCAAGAUUCGCUAGAGACGAGUUCUACCCUAAUUCGAAAUCUACAAUCGGAGUAGAAUUCCAAACGCAGAAAAUAAAAAUCAGCGGUAAAGAAAUUAAGGCUCAGAUAUGGGAUACAGCUGGACAGGAGCGGUUUAGGGCGGUGACGUCAGCGUAUUAUAGAGGUGCCGUCGGAGCCCUUAUGGUCUAUGACAUCAGCAGACACGAAACCUUCGAGAAUAUCGGAAGAUGGCUUAACGAACUUCGCACUCAUUCGGAUAUGAAUGUAGUAACAAUAUUAGUCGGAAACAAAUCGGAUCUAAAAGACGCGCGAGAGGUGACAACUGGCGAAGGCAAGGAGUUAGCCGAAGCGGAGGGUCUUUUCUUCAUCGAAACCUCAGCUCUCGAUUCCUCGAAUGUCUCUGCUGCUUUUCAGACAGUCGUGGGAGAGAUUUACAACAUUCUAAGCAGGAAAGUCAUGCAAUCUCAAGAACUCGAGCCUAAAGAGGCUGAGUGGACCCCGCAUGGGAAAACGGUAGUUUUGGAGAGCGACGAGAACAAAAAAGGAGAAACUGCAGGUACAGCAACUGCAGAGGAUGGAGAGGCUAGUAAGAAAGGUGGGUGCUGUUCUUCGUGAUUUCGAUUGGAUUCAAAAAUCCUUCAUACACUUUUCGAAUGUUAGAACUGUAGCAUUGCAUUAUUUUUUUAUUUUUUAUUUUUGGAAAUUUGUGUUGAUUGUUUAGAUGUGUAAUGAAACAUGUGAAUAGAAAUAUUAAAUGGUAAAUUACGGCCACCAGCCUGAGUUAUGGUCAAA